UUUUGGUCUUUUUGAUUUAUUACUAAAAAGUUGUUAAAUUAACUUUCGCGGGCAGGGUUCCGCAUUUUAUAAAGUCGCCAUAGUUUUCCCUCGGAAACCUCUCCUUUUUCGCUCUAAUGGCUGCAUUUCCUAUCAGUUUGUAGCAUUAAUAGGGACAUGACACAUGCCUGCUCUGUUACAGUUUCUAAGGCUUUAAAUCUUGGGGCUUUUGCUGUGAGGAGGUCAUUGAAUUUGGGAUUGAAUUUUUCCUGCAAGUGUUCAGUUAGGUCAAUUAGAAUAAUGGAAAAUGGUAAUACUAGUAGUCUGAUGGGUGCAGACAAUGAAUCUAGAGGUGCCUUGGUAGUUUUUGAAGGAUUGGAUCGUAGUGGGAAAACUUCACAAUGUGGGAGGCUGGUUUCAUAUUUGGAGGGACUGGGGCAUUCAGUUGAAUUAUGGCGAUUCCCUGACAGAACUACAAGUGUUGGGCAGAUGAUAUCUGCAUAUCUUACUAAUAAUUCACAGUUGGAUGACCACACUAUCCAUCUCCUUUUCAGUGCAAACCGGUGGGAGAAGAGAUCAUUGAUGGAAGCCAAACUGAAAGCUGGAACCACUCUUAUUGUAGACCGUUAUUCUUAUUCAGGGGUUGCUUUCUCAUCUGCUAAAGGACUUGAUUUUCAAUGGUGUAAGGCUCCAGAGAUUGGGCUAAUAGCUCCAGAUCUGGUAAUAUACCUUGACAUAGUACCAGAGAAAGCUGCAGAAAGAGGAGGCUAUGGAGGUGAGAGAUAUGAGCAGCUUGAGUUUCAGAGGAAAGUUGCCCAACGCUAUAAGCUCCUUGAAGAUUCUUCCUGGAAGAUUGUAGAUGCUUGCCAACCCUUGGAAGAUGUGGAAAAGCAGGUGAAGGAGAUUGUAUUGGAACAUGUCAUGACAUGCCAGAAAGGGAAACCUGUUUCAUCCCUCUGGUCAUGCUAGUUUAUCUAUUAUCCCUUUUGCUUUCAUCCGAGGGAUGCAACACUCACUUGGGUUUGACAGCUUGGCUGAGAGUUUCCUACUGUAAAAUGUUGAAUAGUUUUGGCGUUGUGGACUUGAAUUCAGUAUGUUCUUCCAAACUAGAAAAGGUAUACUUGAAUUUUACAGUAAUGCUUUGGAACUAUACAAAAUAAAAGAGGUUUA